AUGUGUGCUGGGCUGAUGGGAUUCUGCGCAGAAUUCCAACUUUUUGCGAUGCCGAUUCUGACUCCCGCGGGAGCUUUGUCGGGUGCGUUCCAUGUCCUCUGCCUGCGCUGCCUUCGGGCCAAAGCUCGUGGCAUCAAGGACCACGAUUGUGUCUGGUCCCCCGCCUCCUCCAAGUGCGAGUACUGCACGGCGCAGCACUCCACCUGCGUUCUGCUUCCCUGGUUCCUCGAUGAGGAAUACCGUGUCCUUGCUGCUGCUGAAGCAGCACAUCCUUGGGACCCUGUCGCUGUUGAAGCUGCUGCUGCAGAGGCAAACCGGGUGGCCCUUGUGGCUGCCCAAAGUGUCCCGAAAUUCCGCUCGGCCGCCGAGCGCGACUCCCGCAACGUCUACUACGAAGGAUACAAAAAAGAUGAAGGGGGAACCCCGUUGAGUCUGUUUCCUUAA